AUGGGUUGCUUGGUUCGGAGCAUGGACAUGAUGGGGGAGGGCGGUGAUGGUACGUUGUUGGUGUCUAGACAUCUCGCGUCGUCGACACCAUUUUCCACGCCUUUUGGCUUCCGACGCCCAAGGAUCGCGGCUUGGGGCUGCUACCGGCAAUGGCGUGAGGCUCCACUACCGGUUGUGGCUCUGCCAUACUGGUGGCGUGGGCAGCUGGAUCCACUGCCGAGGAGAGCAGUAGCACAACUAUUUAAAUGCGAAGGCAAUAACGAUGGUACACUUCAGAGGCACCAGCUGCACCGGCAGAAGCUGGGGCAGGAGCAGCUGCAGCAGCAGCCGCAUCACCACCACGGGCACCGACAGCACCAGGAGCAAUCGAACCAGCAGCAGCUGCAGCAACAGCACCCGGUGUCGCUCCUCCGCCGCUCCUCCUCCGUCGUCAUCUCCAUGAAGGGUGACACGGGGGGCUCGAGCUGCGGCGGCAGCUGCUGCUCGUGCUCCUUCUCCAGCGGCUGGUACAGCGCGCUGUUGACGACAUCCUUCUUCCUCGGCGACGUCUCCGCCAGUCUGCAUGCAGGUGAUUGCUUAAUUUGCACGGUUGUUGCCAACAAGACAAGAUCAAGAACGGGCAUCACGGUGCAGUGCAGUACAUUGGGACGGCAGCUUGGAGUCCACCGCCUCCGCCAUGGCCUCAUAGUAGUAGAAGUCGAAGUGCGACCUGCUGCCGGGGUACAGGUCGUUGGCGCCCUGGAUGCUGAAGAGCGACUCGUUGGACGCCAUGCUCCACUUGGCCUCUGA